GCAGCGGCGACCGUGGCGACAGCAGCGACAGUGGCGGCGGCGGUGGCGGCGGCGGCUGCGGCGGCGGCGGCGGCGGCGGCGGCUGAGGCUGCUGCGGCGACGGUGGCAGAGGCGGUGGCUGAGGCCUCCGUGGCGGAGGUGGAAGCAGAGGUGGAGGCUGAAGUGGAGGCCGAGACCUCAGUAGAGGAGGCAGCCGCAGAGGCCAUCCUGGGGGAGGAAGAGGCCUCCCUGGCGGGGGAGGAGGUGGAGGCCGCCCAGGCGGCAGCAGUGGUGGCAGUGGCGGAGCCCAGCGCGGCCCAAGCCACCACCGCAGCGGAGGCUGUGGCGCCCCCCUUGGGGGAGGCGAUAUUAGAUGCCGAUGAAGAGGUGGCGGCCGCGGUGGCUGCGGCCCUGGCGGCAGCGGCCGCAGCCGCAGCCGCAGCUGAUGCAGAUGCGGAUGCAGAGACGCGCGGGGGCUGCGAGGGGAACCCAGACUUUCCCAUGGCUUCACUGUACGUGGGCGACCUGCACCCCGAGGUGACCGAGGCCAUGCUGUAUGAGAAGUUCAGCCCAGCCGGGCCCAUUCUCUCCAUACGCAUUUGUAGAGACAAGAUCACCCGCCGAUCAUUAGGCUAUGCGUAUGUCAACUACCAGCAACCGGUGGAUGCCAAGCGAGCCCUGGAGACUCUGAACUUUGAUGUCAUAAAGGGCAGGCCAGUGCGCAUCAUGUGGUCCCAGAGGGACCCCUCACUCCGCAAAAGCGGAGUGGGGAACGUCUUCAUCAAGAACCUGGGCAAGACCAUUGACAACAAGGCGCUGUACAACAUCUUCUCGGCGUUCGGCAACAUCCUCUCCUGCAAAGUGGCCUGCGAUGAAAAGGGGCCCAAGGGCUACGGGUUCGUGCACUUCCAGAAGCAGGAGUCUGCGGAGCGGGCCAUCGAUGCGAUGAAUGGCAUGUUCCUCAACUACCGCAAAAUUUUCGUCGGGAGAUUCAAGUCGCAUAAAGAACGAGAGGCGGAAAGGGGAGCCUGGGCCAAACAGUCGACCAGUGCUGAUGUCAAGGAUUUCGAGGAAGACACCGAUGAGGAGGCCACCUUUCGAUGAAGACAUCCCAGGAGCUAGCCAGCCAGCAGAGCCAAACCUUGGCUCCCGCCCGGUUUACAACCAUCCCCUCCCCACCAACCCACCAGCAGUGUAUUGUAUUGGGAGUGUAGGUCUCUCUAUUCCCACUCCCUCCUCCCUCUUCUUCCCUCCUCUUCUCCCUCUCCUCUUCCCCUCUUCUUUUCCUUCUCUCCCUCUACCCACCCACCACCUCCCUCCCACCAUCCACCCCAGUCCCCUCACCAAGGGCAUUGGGAAUAGUCUUAAUAAUCUGCACCAUUUGUGAGUUAAAACUGCUGCUUCUCCCUGUGGUUUGACUUAAAAAGCAUUUUCGUUCUUUGUUUGUUUACCACACAGGUGAUACAUAUUUCCUGGUAGAAACAUCAGAAAGGAGCUUGAAUUUGAUUUGGGAAAACCAAGAGAAUACUUGAUUACCAUAAUCCUACUACCCAGAGAGAAUUCUUUUACCCUAUUGGUGUGCUGCUUUUCCAGGCUCUCUACUCUCCCUCUCUUGCGCUCCCUUUCUCACCCCCACCCCACCUUCCCUUUUAACACACUGUUAUAGAAUGGUUCAUGUAUGUGGUGUUUCUUAGCCUGCUUUUUCAGCAACUAAAGCCAAACGAAAAUCAACCCAUUGAACUUCUUUCCAUGUUAUUCAACAGGCUUAUGAAACGUCAUCUUCAGUGCCUGCAGAGUGCUCCAGCUUAUCCAUGGACCUUAAUGUUUCUGUAACCUAUCCUGCAUUGUUUGGACAUUCAGGUGGUGCCUGGUUCUUUCCCUGUGUUUAAAACCAACACUGUGUGUGCUCUGAUGAGUGAGUCCUUCCUUGUCAAGCCAAAUCUUUGCUAGCAUCCCAAUGGUUGUCUUAACUGUGGACUUGCAGGAUCCACAUAUACGUAUUUUAAAGUCUUUUCUGGUGUGAUCCUAAAAGACCCCUUUGUUAGAAUUUUACAGUUUUGCACUUGUGCCAGCCCGUGCAGCUAGUGAAAAGAGUCUGCCUACUUUCCCUGAGCAACCUGUUAGUCAUUACAACUUGUGUGCGUGUUUGCGUGUGUUGUGUGCCUUGACCAGCCUGAUGGGGUGCAAAUGGUAUUUCCUGUUCUUGGUUGUUUUGCUGAUAUUAAAUACUAUUUAUGACCCCUUUCCCCUAUGCCCACUUCCUUUCAUUUUCCCUGUUCACAGAAAUAUAAUUCCUCUUCUUUGCAGGAACAAGAUAACAGAAGAAAACUUAUGUUGUCAGUAAUGAAUUCUAGUGAUCACCCAUACAUUUCUGAAACGUUGUCAUGGGUACCUAUCUGAUAUUUGCAAGAACUAUAUGCAACAUUUUUGGCUUUAAGUCUAGUAUUUUUCUCAUGCAUAUGUCAUAAAAAUUAUAGUGUACAUACUGUUUUUAUAUCUGCUUUUCACACAGAUACUCUUGAAGUGCGUUUCAUGUCAUUAAAGAUACUUUGAAAACAUUUUCUUUGGCUAUUAAUAUUUAAUUUGUGGCUAGGGGAGAGAUAGGUAGGUAGAUGUACACAUAUAUCCAUGUUUCUCUUUCUAUAUAUAUUUUUUGUGUUUAUGUGUGAGUGCAUGCAUACGGUUCAUUUUUAUUUUUUCCUUAUUGUUGAACAUCUAGGUUUUUUCUGAUGUUUCUUUAUGCAAGCCAA